AUGGGUGAUAUCCCUGAUCUAGUGCCGGUGAUCUCAAGUACCAAUGAGUUUUCAAUCUCGAUGUUCACAAUAACAACACAGAAGUUGGGCUCGCCAAUUGCCCAGUUUCUUUUCCCUGGCACACAGAAACCGCUUAUUAUUCUGGAAGAUCCUCGCGAGAUUGAAGAUAUCUUUCUUCGGCGUAACAAGGAAUUUGAUAAAGCUCCUAUGACCAUCAAUAUAUUCCAACCUAUGUUCCCAAAAGGCUCUCUUGCCCAAUAUACAACACCUGAGCUGAGAGCCCAGAAGCGACUGUGGGCAGAUGUUAUGACCGCUGGCUUUCUUCAUAGGGCCACCGCACCAAGAAUACAUAAGGCUGCACUUGAGCUCGUGGAGUUGUGGCGCCUGAAAGCGAUUACCACCUGUGCUGACAAACCUUUCGCUGUUCUCGAUGAUAUAUUGAAUGCUACGCUUGAUGCUAUUUGGUCAUCAGUACUGGGUGACGAGGCCGGAACGAUUGACUACUCGAUCAAGAAACUACAGAGCGAACUUGAUAGUAAACCUCGAGACCUAACACCGCCACGAGGGACCUUUAUCAGGGAGGAGGUGGACUACAUUUCUAACACUAUUUCUCAAGUCUCUCAAACGCCAGCGCCGAAGCUGGCUGGGAGAAUUGUGACGUAUACUCCCCGAUACCGGAAGUUUCGCCGAACAAUCACAAGAGAAAUUAGUUCACUAAUGAAAAGUGCCGUGGAGAAGUUCCAGAAACUGGAGCUCGAGAGUUUGAAUAACAGUGACGCAGAUCAGUGUAUGAUGGAUCAAGUGCUACGCCGCCAAGUCUUACAAGCAAAAAAGGGCGACAAAAUCCUUGUUGACCCAACAAAAGAUCAGACUAUGCUUGAUGAAUUGUUUGUUCUUCUUGUUGGAGGCCACGAAUCAACAGCCAAUGCAUUGACUUGGUUCAUCCGAUUCAUGGAGGCGUAUCCGGCUGUUCAGACUCAACUUCGCAAGGCCCUCAGUAACGCUUUCCCUGGAAACGAUGCACCAUCUGCUGAGGAGAUAAUGCACUCAGACAUACCUUAUCUCGAUGCCGCGAUUGAGGAAGGAUUCCGACUAGCUGGUGUGGCUAAGGCAAGUCUGAGGCAGGCUCUUGUUGAUACAUCUAUCCUAGGCUGUCCAAUACCGAAGGGUGCAGAGAUCAUCAUGAACUAUCAUAUAAGUCGACCGCCUAUUCCUGUCGAUGAAUCUAAGCGUUCUGAGACCUGCCGAGCAAAUGCCAUCAAAACUGGGGAUGGACUUCAAGGAAGGGCAGGUUUUGAUCUGGAUAAGUUCGAUCCCGGGCGAUAUAUAACCAAGAAUACAGAGACAGGAAAAGAAAAAUUCAAUCAGCAUGCCCUUCCCUCGACGGCAUUUGGAGGCGGUUAUAGAGGUUGCGUUGGGAGAAAACUUGCCACUCUCGAGUUCCGGAUUCUAAUAACUCUUCUGGUACUCAAUUUCGAGUUCAUGGAUCUCCCAGAGGACAUGAAAAGUAUGGCAGCUACUGAGAAAGUCUUCAGACAGCCUGAAAAGCCUUUUGCUAAACUGAGGGUCUUGUAA